AUGUCUUUUCGAUUAGCAUCAAAUCGGCUCGUUGGACAAAGCGUAUCUGGAAUGAUAGGCCGAACGUUCACUACCCUGGCUGCUUCUGCACCUUCGGUUUUUGAUAAACUGAUCAACUUGACGAUUGUUGAUCCGAGUGGAGCACGAAGAAAAAUUCCUGCAAUGGUCGGAACCUCACUUUACGACGCAUGCGAAGUAAAUGAAGUAGAACUUGGCCCUAUGACAGAGGCUGGAGCUGCAGAGAUUGUUCACAGUGAAAGGUGGACAGAACCAGUAUUUGGAGAUGGACCAACUUCUGGAUAUGAUCAUGUGGUCUUGAGUGGGCCUGGUGUUGACACUGCGGCACCAAAGACUCGCUCCGAGGAGAGAAUGAUCGAAGACUACUGGGAUUUUGAUGAAAUCUUUCCAGAAAGCCGCCUUGCUUCCAUGGUCAAGUUGACCGCUGGUAUGGACGGCAUGAUCGUCUUUGUUCCUCCCCGUGUUGACGACAGUAACCCAUAG